AUGAAUAUCGAAGAAAUUAUCAGCUGCUCGACUAAUCCUGAACCCCCGCCGGAUUGGAUGCUCCCAGACUUCAAUCCCAUGAAGGUCAAAGUGCAAGAAAUACGUGGUAUCCUGCUGGAAAAUUCUAUACGUCCUGCCUCAAGCAACAAAAAGGCCGAUCAUGCGGCGUUGUUCCGAAAACACCUUCUGCCUAGGAUCCCUGAACUCCUACAAACUCACUGCAGCGUCAAGGCUUCCUGCGCGGGCAUCUUCGAUGUGCGCACUGGUCGCUACUUGAAAGACGAAGAUACCCCAAUCGAAUUGCGCCGGCGGAACACCGCUAUAGAAGCGGGAAGUAGCGAAAAAGCUAAGAACCGUUCAUCUGCAGGUCUCUCCAACCAAACGCCGGAGCGGCCGUCUCCUCGGCGAACCAGCCGGCGAGUGUCGGACACGACUAUGCUCGAUGGCGAAGCGCAAUCGAAGAUGUCCCCUAAGACCUCAAGUAAGUCGGACUAUCUUCAUGCACAAGCCGGACUUCUGCUACACGCACUGACGACGUUCACAGGUCCAUCCUUCCAAACGCCGCAGCGGGAGUCUACCAGGCGGACUGCAGCACCAGGCAAUACGGAAUCUACCCCUAGCACGAGGAAAUCUCCGCGCUUCGCUUCUCCUGCCUCAACUCAUCAACAACCCGGCAGUUCCAAACGAGGGACUUCUGCAACGGUGCCUAUCAGUGAGGUCCAUUUAGACCGGAGUGUCAAGAAACCCGCCGUUUCCCCAAAAGAUGUUCCCUCAAAGCAGCCUCCCCAACCAGCCGUUCUGCCCAAGAAAGGUGCAUCUCCAUGCCACCCUGUCCUUCCGCGCACGUCCAAUCCUGCCAAAACGAAACGUGUGGUAUCUGCGCCAAGCACCCCGGCACCUGAUGACGACUUCGGCUCCGAAUUGACUGAACUCUCGUCGGAAGAUGACGAAAUCCGCGCUGUGGCCGAAGCCGUGCUGGCCAGUGACUCGUCGGAAGGUGAAGCUGACGUAAAACCCAUCCGCGUCCCCUCCCCCAACACGGAACAGGCCGCGACGAUGAACCCCAACACCAAGGUCCGGUUCGAUGUUCCAACUCCAGUCGGCAUACCACACAAGACAGCGGUUUCCCCUCGAUCCUCCACCAACCAUCAGCCACAUGCACAAAACCCCGGGAUUGUUGACAUGAGAUUUCCUCGAAACGGCAAAAUUAUCUUCUCGGAUGUUCCGGCAGAUAAGUCAACAUAUCCAACUUACCUCGCUCCGCCUGGAGUCCCUAAGCCAUCCAUUCCCAACCUCAUUGUGGCAAAGCCAGCCCCCCCGUCCUCCAGCACUACAAAUCCACCAACCUACCUACCUCCGGCAGGGGUCUCCAAGCCCUCCACCCCCAGCCUUGUGCCUGAGCCAGCCCCUCCUUCGCCCAAGACUACUGACAUUCGUGAUCCUCCGACUGGCCCUAAGCAUGCCGAAAGCAACUCGGUCCUUGUCGAAACUGCUGUCACAUCAACAGUAUCGGUUGCUCAAGAACUCUCAUCGCUAGACCCGACUCACGGUUGGUAUUCAGUGCCCAGUCACUCCACCAAAUUGGCAUCUGAGGAUAAUUUGCUCGAUCACCCGCCAGCGCUCCCACACAUAUAUCAACCACUCGUACCCACUCCACAAGUUGUGGAACCACUUGUAGAUCUGGCCACCGACUGGUACCCGUGCCCUCUGGACGAAAUCUUCGAUGUGGCCAAAGGCAAUGAUUGCUCAGGUACCCCCACAUUGAUCGGUCAGAGCCAGACGAUGAAGUCUCUUGCAACCCUUGAGUUGGCUUUUCCACCCACUGGUCCCACAGAAGCUACCCCUCCAGGAGCUAGUUUAGCAAGCACAUCUUCAAUCUUCCCCGACAAGCUCGAAAUUGCAUCGACACCUGAACAUGCGUUGGCUUACAAGUUGUGCGCGGCUCGCGAUACUGACACAGUGUUGGGCACUCCAACUCCUCAAGAACUCUCGUCGGCCAUUGCUCUUGACCAGACUGCCACAAGGUCAUCCUCUGGACAUAUCGAGGCAUCUCAGUUCGAAUCAGCUUCAGCUAAUGAUGUCGACAUGGCCUCGCCUACUUCGACCUCUCAUGAAACCCUUACAUCCAUCCGACCUGACGAGGCACCUCAGUUCGAAUCAGCUUCAGCUAAUGAUGUCGACAUGGCCUCGCCUACUUCAACCUCUCAUGAAACCCUUCCAUCCAUCCCAACCGACGAAGCCGAAACCUCUUCUGCUCCGGGUCCUUUCGUGGCCCCUGACAUCGCCCCCACAGAAGCUACCGUUCCGGGAGUUAGUUCAGCAAGCGCGCCUUGCGUCUUCGCCGAACUGCUCGAAAUCGCCUCGGUGUUCAAGCCUGUGUUGGCUGCCGGGUUGUGUGCGGUUCGCAAUGCCAACAUAUCGCCGGGCACUCCAACUCCUCAAGAACUCUCGUCGGCCAUUUCUGUUGACCAGACUGCCAGUCAAUCAUCCUCCGGACAUGUCGAGGCAUCUCAGUCCGACUCAGCUUCACCUGACAAUAUCGACAUGGCUUCGCCUCCUUCUACCUGGCGUGAAACAUUUUCACCGAUCCCGGCCUGCGACGUCGCAACCUCAUCUAGUCGGGAUUCUUCUGCGUCGCCUGUGUUGGCCUCAGCUUCAACCGGCUAUGAUGGUUGUACAUUGGCCGCCCCCCCUUCUGAUGACAACCCCUGGCAUGAGGAGUCAGAACUCAGAUCUCUUCCCAGUCUCACGUGGCAUGAGUGGCCUUUCGUGCAAAAAGGAAACCUCUCCACUCUCAUUCCUGUAGCUCUCAUAGAAGUUGCUGUGCCUUCUGCAUCUAUCUCGGCCGACCUGGUUGACAGUCAACCAGCCGCACCUUCACCACCUGUCAUGACCCCACAAGUCAAUUCAGUUGUGAUUGAUGAGGCAGCAGUGCCUGCCGAGUUCCAUUCCAUGGAUCCUGGUGAUUCUACUCUGAUUCUUCCAUUGCCCACCUCGGCCGACGAGGUUGAAAAGGAACCAGUCCCUGAGCAUGUUGACGCCCCGCAGCUCGUUUCAAGCAACGACGGUGACUUCUUGUUGGCCCUCGAACUGGACUUAGCUGAUGAUGUGGACUUGAGCCCGCCGUCCCCUUCAUCCAUCUCGUCCGGCCCCCUCGACACUCAACCUGCUGAACCCGUCACGGCUGCCGAGGUCGAAUCAGUUCCAGUCGUUGAGGCUGCCGAGUCUGAGUCAGCUGAUGAUGCAGACUAUAGCCCGCCGUCCCCUUCAUCCAUCUCGUCCGGCCUGCCUGACACUCAACCAGCUGAACCCAUCUCGGCUGUCGAGGUUGAAUCAAUUCCAGCCGACGAGCCAGCACCUCAACUCUUGUUGGCUCUCGAGUUGGACCCAGCUGAAGAUGCCGACUUUAGCCCACCGUCCCCUUCAUCCAUCUCGUCCGGCCUGCUCGACACUCAACCAGCUGAACCCGUCACGGCUGCCGAGGUCGAAUCAGAUUCAGCCGACGAUGCAGCAGCUGAGCGCGCAUUGGCUGCCGAGUCUGAGUCAGCUGACGAUGGGGACUUUGGCCCGCCGUCCCCUUCAUCCAUCUCGUCCAGCCUGCUCGACACUCAACCACCUGAGCCCGUCACAGCUGCCGAGGUUGAAUCAGUUUCAGCCGACAAGCCAGCACCUCAACUCUUGUUGGCUCUCGAGUUGGACACAGCCGAUGAUGCCGACUUGAGCCCGCCGUCCCCUUCAUCCAUCUCGUCCGGCCCCUUCGACGCUCAGCCAGCUGACCCCAUCACGACUGUCGAGGGUGAAUCAAUUCCAGCCGACGAGCCAGCGCCUCAUGUCUUGUUGGCUUUUGAGUUGGACCCAACUGAAGAUGCCGACUUGAGUCCGCCGUCCCCUUCAUCCAUCUCGUCCGGCCCCCUCGACACUCAACCUUCCGGCCCCCUCGACACUCAACCUGCUGAACCCGUCACGGCUGCCGAGGUCGAAUCAGUUCCAGUCGUCGAGGCUGCCGCGUCUGAGUUGGCUGAUCAUGCAGACUGUAGCCCGCCCUGA